CAGGAGCGUCUCCUCAUCAUUAGCUGUGUAAAACUGGUGAACAAAGUGAUGCUGUGUUUGUGUGCGCGCACGUGACUGUGCACAUAUGUGUGUUCGUGCACAUGGGCAAGUGUGUGUGUGCGCAAGUUUCUGUGUGCGUGUGUUUAGGUGUGUGUGUGUGUGUGUGUCCUCUUGGCACUGUGUCAGUGCUGAGACUCUUCAAGCUCAGUGUGAUGUCCUUAUAUGUCUGAGGAGGAGAAGCAGCACUCUCUCUCUCUUUCUUUCUCUCUCUCUCUCUCUCUCUCUCUCUGUCUCUCUGUAAAGACAUUUUUUCUGUUUCUCUCUCAAACUCUUUCUCUUUUAUCUUUUGCUCAGCUUUAUUAUUUUUCUUUUUUUGUGUUCUGUGUUUUUAGUGUAUGUAUGAGCUCGGGUUAAAUGAACAGAAUCCCCCAUGUCCACUGUCCUAAACUUUAGUCUAAACAGGAGAAUAAACGGACUGGAAGUUGAGCGAGGCCGUGUGAGUGUGAUGCUCAGGUGUCCGCGUUCUUUUGGCCUUGUAGAGCGGCGUAUAUACAUUUAGCGUACGAUGCUAAACCAGAGGCCGCGAGCCUACCUCGCGUUUCGGCUACGGCGUCUCGUGCUCUGGAGUUAAAGGAUACUGAUCUACAUUCAGACAGAAAUUAUGUUUGGGGACAAUUCUACAGAUGACAAUUCUACAGAUGACAAUUCUACAGAUGACAAUUCUACAGAUCACAAGACGUUUUAAACCAGUUUGUUGUUUUUGCUUCGAAGCUCCUCAUCUGCAUAAGUAAGAUCAUGUUUCAGAAGCCACCUGCUACCCGCCGAACGCCGUGUGCUCUGGUCUUUGUAUUUGUAUGACUUUUCUUUUUUUCGGAAGACUUUUAUUCGUUCCCAAAUCUAGCUUUGCUCCUCCUCGUGUCCUUAACGUUAGGGUGAAGGGAAAAAGAGAAGACGCAGAUUUACGAGCCGGUGUAGAGUGUUUCCUGUCUCAGCUGUGAUCUCUCUUUCUCUUGCUCUCUUUCCCUCUCUUCUUCUUCUCGCUCGUUUUUUUUCCUGCCCCUCUCCUGGGGGCCGGCUUCGUCCUGACAGAUCUGUGGCAGCUGACAGAAGGCUGUUUGGAUCUCUGAGGUUGGUGGUGGGGUGUGUUUAUGAGGGACAGGAAGUGUGUGUCAUUUUUGAGGCACGUGACCGAGGCCAUCCUACCCUCACCUCGGCUUUUCUGAGUGCCAGGCGUCCUUAUCCAAUCACGCUUGGAAUGCCGCUUGUCACUCGGGUUAUUUCUGCUGCCUGUCACCAGCGAGGUGCAGCUCUAACAGUUUGCCAAAUAGUAGUGGGUUGAUUUUUUUUUUUUCUUCUCCUCCACUCUACAUCCAACCCUCUUCCUUAUACACACACACACACACACACGCUCAGUCUCUCUGGGAGCUUGUGGUCUGAACUUUGCAGAUCUCUGGCAGAGCUUCUCUUGUUACUAUGUGCUCCUGCUUUUUCUCUCUUCCAGUGAGCGAGGGAAGGCAUAAAGUAGAAGGGGGGGAGUGUGUGGGUGAGUGAGAGCGAGUGCAGAGAGUCGAUCAGACAAAUUUAAAGGGUGGGCAAGAGACAGACUCGACUGGAAUCAGACAGAGACACGAGAAUGUCUCGCCGGCUGCGCCUCUACUUUGGGUCCAACCGCAGCAACACGGCUCCAGAGUUACAGGAACUCGAGGACGAGGACCAGAACACGCACAGUAAUGGCACUGGAGCGGGAUCCAUGCUAUUCCAAAUGCAUCCAGAGAACCCGUUGCUUGAGGAAGACUCUCCUGUUUCUGAUGCCUUUUUAAAACGAAGCUCCUCCAUGUUUAUACUGCAGCUCCAGAGCCAAGCUGAACCGCCAAGGCUCACCAAAAGCUCUUCCAUGCAGAUCUCCCUCCAGCGCUCCUCUACGCCCUUGGACGACGUACAGUCCAUGGAUUCGCCUCCAGAAUACCCCCAGGAUCCAGCUCCGGCGUACACCGAGCCUGCCGAGAGUUGGUUAUCCUCUCAAUCCGCAUCUUACCGCAGAAGAGAAGGUCUAACGACAUCGCUUACAGAUCAGACGAAUCCUGGAACGGAUGCCACCCGUCCCAAGAGGCGAGUUUUCUGCGUCAGGCCUUACGAGUUAACGAAUGGACACAAUCCUUUGGGAAUCGGCAACGAACGCUCUCCAGGAAUCAGCGUCGGGGGGUUUCGUAUCCAGCAAAGUGCCACCAAUGGAUCUGAUGCACAGCAGUUCAGAAUACUUCCCUACAGCCAGGACGGGCAAAACGGUGCCUGCCGUUGGUCCGUUCAACCAACCGCAGAUCGGAAUUCUGGUACACGGAGACUCGUCUUCCAGCUUCAACAGGACCGAGGAAGAUCCGUGACUACAAAUGGCCAGAAAGAGGUUCCUGAUCCGGGGUGUAAAGGCGGACUUGCGGAGAGACUCCCUCGAAUACGACUCGAGAGGAGCACCUCUCAGCCCCUGCAACCCAGGCAAGUACCGUCACGACCCGGAUCUAUGCCUAACCUUCACGCCUCCAUCUCCGAGAGCGAAGCGGACGAGGACGGAGCUCAAGGCCGCACCUUUAAAAUCAGGAAAGAACAGGAUCCCAGGCAGGCCAAGUUCAAGAUAUAUUUUAGCCAAGGAGGUAACCACAGGUCUAACUCCAAACAGGAUGUUAGCGUUGGACAAGGACCUACCUGGAGCAGCUCAAAGACUAGAGAUGACUUCCUGGGCCAAGUGGAUGUGCCUCUGAAUUAUUUGCCGACAGAAGACCCGGCGAUGGAGCGGCCGUACACCUUUAAAGACUUCCUCCUCAGGCCGAGAAGUCACAAGUCAAGAGUGAAAGGUUACCUGAGGCUGAAGAUGGCGUACCUUCCGAAGAACGGUGCUCCGGAGGAGGAGAGCGGUGAGAUGAGGGAGGAGGCUGAGGGUUGGGAGGUGGACUCAGUGGAUCAUGGCGGUUCACGUCGUUCUCAGCAGCUCCUUCCUCCGUUGCCAGAAGGGUGGGAGGAGAAAGUCGAUAAUCUCGGCCGGACAUAUUACGUUAAUCACAACAACCGAACCACACAGUGGAAAAGACCCAGCACAGUUGACGUGGUAUCGGAGACGGAAAGCGAUAAUCACCAGCGUCAGAUCAACCAGGAAGCGCACCGAGUAUUUCGCUCCAGACGCCAUAUCAGUGAGGACCUGGAGAACGAGCAACUCGACCCUCGAGAACUGGACGAUCCCCUCCCCUCCCAGUCCUGGGACCCUAUCACUGAAGAGGAUUUCUCUGGGAUUAAUGAGGCCGUGGCUGGCCCCGCCUCCUCUGCCACGCCCAUUCAGCAAUUCAGCACUGCAGAGUUCUCAGAGGAGAUCAGCAUGAGGCUGUCGCUCACUCCUAACACCAACGGAGAAAUGGGUGGAGCUACCACAACCGGGUCUCUCCUGUCCUCCAGGUUGCGUUCCUCCAGUAUGACUGAUGGAGUGAGUGAUCAGGCUCAGACUCCCUCACCUUUGACGUCGCAGUCCAGACGAACCCGAGCCCAAACGGUCACAGGCGUAGAACAACCCCUGACCCUGCCCUCGGGUUGGGAGGAGAGAAAAGACGCUAAGGGCCGAACGUAUUACGUCAAUCACAACAACCGCAGCACAACGUGGACACGCCCUAUUCUGCAGCACACGGAGGAUGGAGUGAGUUCUCCCGCAGGAGCUGUAGGAGGCGCUGUAGCAACAACUCCUUCGUCCAGCGGCCAUCUUAUCGAACCCCAAAUGCGCAGACCUCGUAGCCUUAGUUCCCCCACCGUCACCCUGUCCACUCCCCCAGAGGGAGCCAAUAGCGUGCCGCUUCCUCGGGUGGUGAAGGACACGCUGUCGAACCCACAGUCACCUCAGCCAUCACCCUACAGCUCGCCCAAAUCUCAACACAAGGUCACUCAGAGCUUCCUGCCCCCGGGGUGGGAGAUGAGGAUCGCCCCCAACGGACGGCCGUUCUUUAUCGAUCAUAACAGCAGGACGACCACAUGGGAGGAUCCUCGUUUAAAGUACCCCGUUCACAUGAGGGUUAAAGGCGCACUGGACCCAGGUGACCUCGGCCCACUUCCUCCGGGAUGGGAAGAGCGAGUCCAUGCAGAUGGAAGAACGUUUUACAUUGACCACAACACCAAGAACACACAGUGGGAGGACCCUCGACUACAGAGUCCCGCUAUCACUGGACCGGCCGUGCCGUACUCGCGAGAGUUUAAACAGAAGUAUGAUUACUUCAGGAAGAAGUUAAAGAAGCCGACGGACAUUCCUAACCGUUUCGAGAUGAAGCUGCACAGAGGCAGUAUAUUUGAGGAGUCCUACAGACGCAUCAUGUCCCUGAAGAAGCCGGACUUUCUGAAGUCUCGUCUCUGGAUCGAGUUCGAGUCGGAGAAAGGGCUGGACUACGGGGGCGUGGCCAGGGAGUGGUUCUUCCUGAUCUCUAAGGAGAUGUUCAACCCUUAUUAUGGGCUGUUUGAGUACUCUGCCACAGAUAACUACACACUCCAGAUUAAUCCGAACUCAGGGUUGUGUAACGAGGAUCAUCUCUCAUACUUUAAGUUCAUCGGGCGAGUGGCGGGCAUGGCGGUGUACCACGGCAAGCUGCUGGACGGUUUCUUCAUCCGACCGUUUUAUAAGAUGAUGCUGGGAAAGCCCAUCACGCUGAAUGACAUGGAGUCAGUGGACAGUGAAUACUACAACUCUUUGAAGUGGAUUUUAGAGAACGACCCGACGGAGCUGGACCUGCGCUUCUGUAUCGAUGAGGACAACUUCGGUCAGACAUACCAAGUGGAUCUGAAGCCGAACGGCUCCGAUUUGGUCGUCACCAAUGACAACAAGAAGGAGUAUAUCGAUUUGGUUAUUCAGUGGCGGUUUGUGAACAGGGUGCAGAAACAGAUGAACGCCUUUAUGGAGGGCUUCACAGAACUGAUUCUCAUCGACUUAAUCAAGAUCUUUGAUGAGAACGAGUUGGAGUUGCUGAUGUGCGGUCUGGGUGAUGUGGACGUUAACGACUGGAGACAACACUCUGUGUAUAAAAACAGCUACUGUCCAAAUCACCCCGUCAUCCAGUGGUUUUGGAAGGCUGUGUUAUUGAUGGACGCUGAGAAGAGGAUUCGGCUGCUGCAGUUCGUCACGGGAACAUCAAGAGUUCCUAUGAAUGGCUUUGCUGAGCUUUAUGGUUCAAAUGGGCCACAGUUGUUUACCAUCGAGCAGUGGGGGACUCCAGACAAACUCCCCCGUGCACACACAUGUUUUAACCGGUUGGACCUGCCGGCGUACGAGUCGUUUGAGGAUUUGAGGGAGAAGCUUCUGUUGGCUGUGGAGAACGCGCAGGGCUUCGAGGGAGUCGACUAGAUACACAAACACACACACACGAUGCAAUGAAAUCAGAUUAUGUGUGUGUGCAAAGAUUCGACCUAUCUGAUCAACACACACGAACACAGUCAAAUCUGAGGCCUGGAGCCUUUUAUCAGGUGUGUGUGUGAGUGUGUGUACAGACUAAACUGAAACUUUACGCUACACUACAGCACAAUCCUUUAACUAACACUCUCUCUCUCUCUCUCUCUCUCUCUCUUCACCUUAAUCCCUCACUUCCUUGCUCUUUGUCUUUGGGGUGCUUUUAUUUUUGCUCUCUCUCCUUUCUCCUUCAUCCCUCCACCUCCACAUUUCUUCCCUCUCUCUCUUUCUAUCUUUACUUUUCUAACUGUUUCAACCCUUUCCUCUCUCUCUCUCUCUGUCUCUGUCUCUGUCUCACUCCCCCCCCUUCCACACCUACCACAAAGGAUUAUGGGUAGUGACAGUGCAGUAUUCGGUGAACCCCAUAUCAGGUCUUAUAAACACCAGAUUACCUUAGACGAUGAAGAGCCACUCCUCCUCUUCUUCCUUCUCCUUUUCUUCCUCAUGCCUCUUUUGCUCUGCUCUUCUUCUUCACUGGGGAAUUUUUUAAAGUCUUUCUUUCUUUUCUUUUUUUUUUUUUUUUGAAACACAGAAUAGUAAACAUCGUUUUUAGAUUUUUAUUAUCAGUCACUAUCCGGAUGAUAUCGUCACGUCGGCGUCUGUAUCGAUAACGUAUGUGGUUUACAAUUUUAGGUUUCAAAAAAAAAAAAAAAACAACAAAUCCCACAAAUAAAGGAAUAAACGAGUGCACGGAGAGCUGUAAUGGGAUUACGGCCGACUCCCUGAUCAGUGUGUUAUAGUGCUGAGAAAACUGGCAUGAACAUGCGUGUAUGUCGUGUUAUGGAUAUGAUUACGUAGUAAUUAACGCCGUGUUCCUGCGCCUCUGGAACUGCGGGGGGGAGGGGGGGGGGCACACAACCCAUACGGCGUGUAAACGACGCUUUACUUCACAAGUGUAUUAUUAAUAUUAAUAUUAUUACAAUUAUCAUGCUGUUUUUUUUUUUUUUUGGAGGAUUAAGGAAGAAAAAGAAACCAUUGAGAUGUUUAACUGAGUCACUGUAUGUAUGUAUGUAUGUAUUAUUAAAGCUUCUGUAAGUAUUAACAGCAUGAAUGAAGAAGAUGUGAAUGUUCUGACUGCUGCAGGUUUUUAGUACUUCAACUCCUUUUUCCUUUUUCAGUCACUUUUUCCUUUUAUUUCUUUCCCCCUUUUUAUUAUUUAUGUCCAUUCUAACAUCACUAAAAGCUGUAAGGGCACUUUAUCGGUCACUCGCGAGCAUCGUCGGGUGACGUUUUUGUUUUUUUUUCUUUUAUUGAUAUUAACUUGAAUGUGACUUUGCGAUAAUAUCUAUGAUACCUUUUCUGUUUCGAGCACUCAAACGACACGGUGCAAUACUCUCGUCUGCUUUCUGUCUGACACUCGCCUCAUCCGGGGUCUUUUUUUUUACCCCUCACAGUCCUGAUUAUAUGGAUCGGGAUCCGUUCGGUGUGAUUCCGAAUCGGUUUCUCUGAAUCUCUUUAUCUGAGCCUUUUAUUUCUCUUACUCGGUCUCCGUUUCCUGCCACUCGGCAUGUGGCCCGGACGAUUUCCGAUUUUCUCUGAUGUUAUUGUUCUUUUUCUUUCUUUCUUUCUUUUUCUUUCUCUCUCUCUCUCUCUUUUGUAGAGCCUGUUGUUUUUGUAUCGAUGGGGAAUGUUCACCCUUGCGAAUCGUAUGACUUGGUUCAGAUUAAACUGAGGAAUAAAGCUUUUAUGUUUCUGUCUGGA